UUUUAUCUGGGGCCAAUAUCAGAUUUCGAUGUGGUAGCAAAUGGUCUUUGGUAGGUGUGCAUGAAUGAUUUUCGUGGAUGUAAGAGAAAUGUUUUGAUCUACCUGCAAGUAGAUCAAGAGUUUGGGACUUUUUUUUUCUCGCAGUUAUUCGUGUUUAUCGAGGUUGAAUUUGAAGGAAUUAUUCCAUUGUAAUUGUGGUGGUUGUAGAUCCUUUUUAUGAAUUUGUUUACUGUUGGUUGGUCGCAUAGUUUCAACGGAGGUAGAAUUUGAUUCUUCACUCUUCAUGUUUUAAUGGAAUUCAAGAACCUUUUUGCUCGGAUUAUUGUAAAUCAUAUAGAGAUUUUGGAGGAAAUCUUGAUUUUGAACUGGAGGAAAGGGAAAUAGAGUAGGUAGUUGUACUAGGUUGUUUGAUUUAGUACAAAAUGGAGGAAGAGGCUAAUUCUUGGAUAAGAAGAACAAGAUUCUCUCAUACUGUUUGUCAUAGGUUAGAUGCUUCAAGAUUGGCCUCUCUUCCUUUAACCAUCCAGCCAGAUAGAAUUCUGGGUGCCAAAUCAAGGCCCACAACAACUAACCUGAAUACAGAACCAGAGCCUAUCGUGCCACAGAUUCAGCGAAACCCAACCACAAACAAGAACCGGGCUGUAUCCCCAGUCCCUGAAACAAAGCUUUCUGAUGCCUUCAAAGAGGCCUGGUCUAGUCAGAAGAGGUCCUUAACACCACUUCCCAAAAGAAAAGGACUAGAGAGAGGAAUUGUUGGCAAAUUGUUCCAUAAAGAUUCUAAUGAUGUCAAGGCAUCUAAUUUGGAAUCACCCGAUUCAAAGUCUCUGGCAAAUGUUAGUCCUCUUAGGCACUUUGCGUCGAUGAAAUUUCAUGAGAAAACUAAGAGUCUUAAGGAGUCGGCGUGGACAAAGUAUUUUGACCAUGGUGGGGGAAGGGUCACCGCUGUUGAAACUGUGGACGAGUUUACGGUUGAUCUUUCUAAGUUAUUUCUUGGGCUAAGAUUUGCUCAUGGAGCACACAGUCAGCUUUACCAUGGGAUAUACAAGGAACAACCUGUUGCAGUGAAAAUGAUCAGAGUGCCAGAUGAUGACGAAAAUGGAGACCUGGGUGGACGAUUAGAGAAGCAAUUCACUAGGGAGGCUACCCUUUUGUCUCGUCUCCACCAUGAAAAUGUAAUAAAGUUCAUGGCAGCCUGCAGAAAGCCACCAGUGUUUUGCAUUAUUACAGAAUAUUUAUCUAAAGGUUCUUUGAGAUCAUACUUGCACAAGCUUGAGCAUAAACCUGUUCCGUUGCAAAAGUUAAUCACGUUGGCAUUGGACAUUGCUAGAGGAAUGGAAUAUAUUCACUCACAGGGUGUUAUUCAUAGAGACCUCAAACCUGAAAAUAUACUCAUCAAUGAAGAUUUCUGCCUGAAAGUUGCGGAUUUUGGUAUAGCUUGUGAGGAAGCAUAUUGUGAUCUUCUGGCAGAUGAUCCAGGCACUUAUCGUUGGAUGGCUCCAGAGAUGAUCAGAAAGAAGCAUUAUGGUCGGAAGGUAGAUGUUUAUGGCUUUGGACUCAUUUUAUGGGAAUUUGUGGCUGGAACUAUUCCAUACGAAGAUAUGACACCCAUACAAGCUGCUUUUGCUGUAGUGAACAAGAAUUUGAGACCUGCUAUCCCUGAUUAUUGUCCCCUUGCCAUGAGAGCGUUGAUUGACCAAUGUUGGUCUGUGCAACCGGACAAGAGGCCUGAGUUUUGGCAGAUUGUGAAGGUAUUAGAGCAGUUCGAGUCUUCUCUUGGUCAUGAUGGAACCCUGAAUCUAAUACAAAAUCCAACAUGUCAAGAUCAUAGGAAGGGACUGCAUCAUUGGAUUCAAAAACUUGGUCCCUUGCAUCAUAAUACGUCAUCCAUUCCUAAACCUAAAUUUUCUUGAUUUUCUGGACUAUCUCUGUUAUAAUUUCACAACAUCCGGUGUAACUAUUUAUGAUAUUUCUCUGUUCCAGUCUA